ACGGGCAGGCCAACGAGGACGUGCGGGCGAGACGAGAGCGAACAGCGAGCAAAGAAGACGAAAAGCUGGCUGCCUGGCGGGCCGACAGACGAGAGCAGUGGCGAGUGUUUGUUGGUCGGGCCGAAGCGCCGAGUCGGCCGUCGAGCCAGCUGUUAUCUAGGAUGAGCUAAACGGCCGGCGCGCGCGCGUCCUGUCCGGGACACAGUGUGCUGGGCAUGCAGGUGUGGACCUGAGGAUCAGGGACGCUGGCGGUGUUUCUGCACAGCAUUCCGCCGCCGCCCUCGCCCCCAGCGGCCCACCACCACCUCGACGCCCCGCGAAGCAGCAGGGAAUGGCGAGCGGCGGGCGUUCUAUCCGAUGUGGAGCUGGGCGGCGCCGGCGGCAUGCUGCGACGCCUGUCGCCGCCUGUGUGCUGCUCGCCUUUGUCGGCGGCGCAGUCGAAUCUCAUCAUGGUUUCGCCGCCGCCGCAGUUCGCUGCGGGCGCCAAGUCGCCUCCCAAGCAUUUUAUUUGGCCUGAGGUGCGGCGGCCGUCGCAACUGCCACAGGCCAAACACCCGCAACACCACAGGCCGAUCAGUGCCAACAAUGCAGUGUUGAGCAACGGGUUGGGCAACAACAACCUCGUCAACAGCAACAACAACAACAAUACCAACUGCGGAAGCAACAAACGGAAGAGUGCCGUGGAGCUGCUUCAGGAGUCGAAGGCGUACUAUGUUAAGUCGGAGCACGUGCUCGACGCCAAGCAGGUGUUACGUGCUGGCGUGCACGGUGGUCACCUUCGCUCUGCGCCCCUGCCCCCGAGACAAAAAGCCAGUCAUCAGCACCAUCAACGCACCGUCUCCCUCGACAAGGCUGCAUUUUUGGAGAACACGCCGCCAAGGCUGCCGGAACGUUCUUGUUCCCAGUCGCCACCCCCGCUGCCGCCCAAGUCACCGCGGAUCGCGCCUGGACGGCCGAGGGCACGCACGCUGGUGCUGACAGGCGGUCGAAGGCCAGUAGCCAACGGGCCAGACGUGCAGAUGCGACUGCGGCAGCUGUUGUCGCAGCCGUCGCUGGACCGUGACAACACGUACCGAAGGUUGAGCGAAGAUGACCACCCCACCAGCAGUCUCCUCCGCAGCCGACACUCUCACGACGAUGACGAAGACGAAAUCUGGCUGCAGGACGAUGAUUCCUCCGCCUUUGAAUCAAAAUCGGUGGGUGGCGAGAAAGGGUUUCCGGUGAGCAGCCGGCACUCGACGCCAUCGGCAGCAGGACACUGUUUCCUCAGCCCAGCGGCCACGCACAAGUCGCUGCCAGACCUCAGCCCUGGCGCCGCUGUUGGCAGCACGCCUGACGACAAUGCCAGCACUGGAUCUAGUAGCAAGAGGUGUUACUACGCGGGUAGCAGGGCGACAAGCGACUACGUCAGCCGGUCGCCAAGCAGCUGCAAAUGCUGUGAGAGCCGGGCACGGUCCUCUGCCUCUUCGUCGCGCGCUGAGGCCAUUUCCCAGGUCAACGGCCGCGAGCAGCAGGAAGAGGACGAGGGUGAGCGCGAUGAGCUUCUUUCACCCGACACAGACGACUCGCUAUCGCGCCGUCCGCGGCCUGUCCUCCGCUCCAAAUCGGACAUCAGCCACAGAUACUCGCGGUCGGCGGCCUUCCUCGCCCCUAUCCCAAGAACGGAGCUCGACGAUCAACCAUUGAAGACCACUGUCGAGGUGGAGCACUUUUUUGAGAAUCUGGGCCUGGAGGAACACGUUUUCCGGAACUUGACGCGCCGCAGCUCGCAAGAGUCGUCCAUCUUCUUUGGAUCAGUCAGCUCGGUGGAUUCUUGGCCUGGUGGUGGAACGGGGGCCUUUGCUUCAUCUUCUGUUGAGGAGGAAGUGGCCGUUGGCCCUGGAGGUGGCAAGAUGGGUGAGCAGCCAUCCAUCGUGGAGCGCAACGCACGCAUCAUCAAGUGGCUGUGCAACUGUCGCAAGGCGGCUCUCAGCUGACGCCUUUCUGUAACCUCUCGUUCGCCAACAAGCCCGCGACAAGACCAAGAGUCCAAUAAAUUCAUCCUGCUGGUGCCGCCCCUGCCCGAUCUCGUCGCUUCCUCUACGGUGACCGUAAUGGGGGCUGCAGGCUAGCAGUUCCAUUGCUCAGACAACCCACUGCCAGCUAAUUUGACAAAAAACGGAAAGCGGCCAAGGGAACCGGAAGAAGAGGUGAAGGCAGCAGGUGGAGUCCUGAGACAUCUAGUCACUUACUCAUUCACUAAUGCUGACACGCGCUCUUUGGAACAGAAAAAAUCAUGUAAUUGCUGCAGCGUGCAGUGUAUAAACUGCCGUGUGAUACUCUCGUGAUGAAGUGCAAGCAAAAUUAUUUAAAAGUUGCAACAAAAUGUAAUCUUAGUCGAAAUCUUAAUCUAAAAAGAGCUGAGAGACCAGUGAAAGUAGAUUGUGGGUGGAAUUAGAAGAAUAUUAACAGGAAGGUGUAGUUUUUUCCCUUUCACUCAGUUGUUGUUCCUGAUGUCCAAGCAGAGCGUAGACUACCCCGGAUAUAUUCAUUCCACUUUUCUAGGCUUUGUUUCUUUUCAUCCUGAUUGAUGUACAUCGAUAGUAAUGAAAGUUGUUCUGACCACAUUCCCAUAAUGGCUAAUACUGAAAUGCCGAGUUCAAUGAAAAACACUCCAAAUUUAACCUACGCAAGUCGGAUUCCUAGGAUGUUUUUAUCAACCAAGCUAAAAACAGGACGUUUUUAAAGUGUUUUAAAACUGUAUUCCUCGUCAAGGAAAAUGGUACUUACAAUUAAUUCAGUGAAAGCAUAGUUACGAGGCUUUUAAUCUCUCUCAAGCUGCUUGAGUCAAAAUUUUAAAACUUUGCCUAGGGGAAGAGAGAUUGUAUGGUAAAUUCCGCCCUAGGUAAGCUGAAUGUGUUUUAAAGAAGCAUUUUUAAAAAGUCCCCGUUUCCCUUUCGCAGUCAGUGUUUCUCACUGUAUAGUGUAAUGACACCCUAUCAGUAUCAGCAUUUGCAGCCCUGACAGUAAUUUUAGGAUAAAAACAAGACUCAUUUUAAGGAUGUUAUUAAGUAAAAUUUCUGUGUCACCGCAUCAUGCUUAGAAUUUCCAACUCUGCUCAUUUUACUUCUCGUACCUCUCCUUUGUAAAGGAGUUUGCGCACGUGAACUGGAUUUGUUACUUAAUUUCAAUUUCGCAGGUUGUGGAAAAAAUCAUGAACUCAAAUUUAAUAUAACCGGAGGAGAAGAUCAAGUCUUGGAAAAUUAUUAUUUUCUAAUGUCUCACGUUAAAAUAUACACACCCUCAGAAAUCUGAAAUAGUUACUGCGCUAUUUUUUAUGUUGCAUUAACACUAAUAAGCAAAAAAACGUGACUGUUUUUAUUUGUUAUCGCAUCUGCUCUAGUUUUUCUCUUAUUUGUAUAUGUAAAAAUGUACAUAAUUAUUGUAACUUUUAUUUUGCUGGUGAUCAUGAUCUGUUUGUUGCGGCGCAGUAUUUCUCUGUUACACCCAUGUAGCGCACUCAAUAAAAAGCGGUGUGUGUCGCCACCCCUGACUAUAGCAGACACGAA